AUGGAUGCGACGGCUGCGAGCGGCGCAAAUACUGCGCAUUGCCAGGAAGCCAGUCCUAAUGGCGCGUCAAAAUUGUCUCACCACUCACCCGCCGACGACGAGCACGAAGUAUGGAGCGCUGGAGAGGAUGAGAGCGGCGAGGACGGAGGUAGGAGCCAGAGCGGCUCGAAGCGCAAACGUGAGAAAUUAAGCGUGAGCUGCGAGACGUGCAAGCAGCGCAAAGUCAAGUGCGAUCGCGGCCACCCAGCGUGUGGUUGGUGUCUGAAGAACCACUCGACAUGUAUCUACUUACCGCGCAAGAAGCCCGGCUUGAGGGCUGGUUAUGGACGUGAGCUUGAGGCGCGCCUAGAUAAACUGGAGCAUCUUAUCGUUCAACAGCAGUCGCAGAUUAACCAUCUGUCGCAACAGCAGACAGCAGCGUCCGGGCCAUCCCCGCAAGAGGUGGCCACUUUUCGGAGCCCACCAGUCAUCCAAACGCCCCAUAUCCCCCGUCCCGAAACUGCCUUGUUCAUCCAAAAGCCGCAGUCAACCUUCCCCUCCCAAAACGCGAUGCAGAAUGGGUUUGGCAAUACAUUGGACACCAGAUCAGCCUCAAUCUCAGGCAAUGGCUACGGUGGUCAGCCAGAGGAUAUGCAGUCAGGACUGGGAGGCCUGCAGCGUGAUGGGUAUACGCCUUUUGGCGGCACCGACCAGUUUGCGCCAUCCAUGUCGAGAGCGCUGGGCCAAGCGGAUGCGGAUUUCCCACCGUACGACCUCUUAUACGGGUUGGUGGACCUAUUCUUCAAGCACAUAUACCCAUGGUGUCCAAUCUUGCACCGUCAGUCAACGCUGAACUCACUGUUUGGUGAUUCAAGUCUGGACGAGGCUGAUCGCAUCAUUUUACACUCGGUUGUGGCCACUACUGUCAAAUUCUCGUCUGAUCAGCGAUUGACUCCGGACAAGCGAGCGCGAUAUCACAAGAACUCAAAAGAGAAGGUUUUGCUGUACGGCAUCGAGAACAGUUCUGUCAAGUCUCUGCAAGCCCUUGUCAUCCUUGCGCUGGACGUGGUUGGCUGCUCCAAUGGUCCUCCCGGCUGGAACCUGCUUGCGCUGAUAACACGUUCUGUGGUACAGUUGGGACUGUCCAUGGAAACGUAUUCGCCGAUGGUCGCACCCCAAUAUGCGUCUAUUUACACACUGCGCGCCAACGUACUACCCAUUCCCAAAGACUGGAUUGAGGAAGAAAGUCGCCGCAGGCUGUUCUGGAUGAUCUAUGUCCUCGAUCGCUAUGCAACCGUGGCAACAGCUUUCGAGUUUGCUUUGGAUGAGAACGAGAUCGACAGGCGAUUACCAUGUCGAGACGAUCUUUACGCUCGCAAUGUACCGAUCGAGACCAGAUGGUUCCACACAAAAAUCAGGACAGAUUAUAGUAUGAAUCGCCCCGAAAACCUUGGGUCGUUCUCAUAUUAUGUUGAAAUUCUGGGGAUUCUGACGAGAAUACACAAGUUCCUGAAGAAGCCUGUCGACAUUACGUCUUUAUCUGACGUCGAGAAGUGGCAGAGUGAGUUUCGGGAGCUUGACAAUGCCAUUGAGCAAUGGAAGUACAACCUUCCUGCCGAGUAUGGUAACUCAGCAAGAGUUUUCUCGAAGCCAGGAGGCAACCAGGCCCUCAAUAGUGGUCUGGUGAUGUUACAUGCUGCCUUCCACACAACUGUUAUCCGACUCCACUCGUCAGCAGCGUAUCCAACUCAUCGCUCGCCCAUCUUCACACCAUCUUUCAGUGCCAGUCAGCGUUGUCUAAGCGCCGUGGAAAACAUCACAGCUCUUUGCGCAUCGGUGCGUGAUAACGGCCUGCUCGCCAAACUUGGCCCACCAUUUGCCUUCUCCUGCUGGGUAGCCGCGCGUGUGCUCUUGGUCCAUGGCUCGACAAUUGACCACCGCGUCGAUACGUCCAUCAACAUCUUGGUGAGCACCUUGCAAGACCUGGGUCAGUACUGGGAGGUAGCCGUACGCUACGGGAAUCUCCUAUCACGAGUGCUGUCCGAAUAUCAGGAGUCGCAGCAAAGCGCCGGCAUGGGCGGCGAGCGGGUUACGCCAUCAACAGUCAAGAUUCUGGCUGAUAUGCGACGGUGCGCAUUCGAUCUUGACUUCCUUAUCGCACGUCAGCCCAAAUUUGACGGCGCUGCCGGGUUACCUUCAGUCACACCGGCUCGCACUCCAGCACCGAACGAGUUGGAGUACCUUGACGUCUUCGAUUUCUUUAACAUGCCUCGCCUCCCUGUUUCCAUAGACACAAUGACAACGUAUCCCACGACCGCAGAUGGGAACAUGCCACUGUCCGAAGGCGGCUACGGCAAUGAGUCGAACAUCACAAACUAUAUGGUCGAUGCUAGCUCGGACUGGUUCAUCAAGGGUUCUGCUUAG